CCCACAAUUCGAUACAACCCACAAAUCCCACCUUCUCUCCUUUCAAUCCCACAAGAAGACACCAUGUUUGAUCCUGCAAAAAACCCAGGAUCAAGAUAUGACAGUUAUGGUGUUCUAAACAGGGGAUCAGAAUUUGGGGCUGAAACUGAUGAGUCUGGAGAGUCUACACCUCCCUUGUGGAAGAAAAGUCCUAAUCAGUAUCGAGACUUGUCGCCGGAGGCGAAGACUCAGGCGAUUUUGAGGGGACAAAUGGAGCUAAUGGAGAUGGUGGGUCGGAUGCCGGAGUCAAGUUAUGAGCUCUCUCUGAAAGAUCUCGUUGAGCGUCCAUCGAGACGACAAGAAAAUUUUAUGGAAGAACAGAGAGUUAAUAUUGAUCGUGAAAUUAGUACCCAGAGAAGAGAACAGGAGGUAGUGAGGAAGAAGAAGAAAUUGCAGAUGAUGAACAGAAAUGGAAGCAUUGAGAACAAAGGGUUUUUGUUGAAGAUGGGUUUUCCAGUUUCUAAUUGGGGGUCUAGUAAGAAGAAGAAGAAGAAAAUGGAUUCGAAGGUUUUGCCUAAGCCUGUGGUGGCGGCGGCGGCGGAGGGAGGUGGAAGUGGAGAGGAGUGGUGGAAGAAGAGGUAUGUGGUGUCAGGAGGGGAGAGUGAGAGUGUUGGAUUGAGUAGUAACAGUGGGAGCUCUAAAAGCAGUGAUAGCAGCAGCAGUAGCAGAAGUAGCAGAGGCGGCAGCAGCAGGCAUAUAGGUGGUGGUUGCUGGGCUCUUAUCUGCAACAAAAGAGGCAAGAUAGCAGAUUAAACAAGCUGUGAGACACCAUCUCUCCCUCUCUCUCUAUAUAUAUAUAUACACUAGCUGUGACAUGUAUUCCAUACUGCUAUCUUGUUUACAUAUAUACUAGUAGGAUACAAUGUAUAUGGCUUUUACUGUUGAAGAAUCUUUCAUGAUCAUAUUUUGUCUUUCCCUUUGAUUUGAUUAAUGUCAAUGAUAGUAUGUUGUCUUCAUAA